AUGACUGGAGAGAUUAUAACUAUCCAAGUGGGUCAAUGUGGUAAUCAUGUUGGCAAAUACUUUUGGAACCAAUUAUUAAAGGAGCACGGUAUAGACAAAGAUGGCUACAGUAAAUAUAAUGACGAUCUAACACAUAUUCGUGAAGAUGAUACGAAUCCAUUCUUCAAGCAAAUAACAAAUAACAGAUAUGUCCCAAGGGCAAUUAUGAUAGAUCUUGAGCCAGCUGCAGUAACCGAUGUACAAAGCUCAUUCAAUGACCUUUUUAACCCCAGAAACACUUGGGUAUCUUCUGAAGGUUUAGGUGCAGGUAAUUCUUGGUCAACUGGUUAUGACCGUGGAGUACAGAAUCAGGAUAGAAUUAUGGAUAUAAUAGAUCGUGAAUUGGAUUCUACAGACAAUUUCGAAGGAUUUCAAUUGCUUCAUUCUGUUGCCGGAGGAACAGGGUCAGGGUUGGGAUCUAGUUUAUUAGAGGCUUUAACAGAUCGAUAUUCAAAAAGUUUUAUUACAACAUAUUCAGUAUUCCCCAGUAAGCAAUCUGAAGUUGUGGUGGGACCUUACAAUACUGUGCUAACUCUAAGGAGAUUAUGCGAAGACGCCGAUGCAUCAAUUAUAUUUGACAAUAAUGCAUUACUAAAUUUAACAGCAAGAACAUUCCGUGAUCCUAAUACAAGCUAUGAGCACACUAAUCAACUAAUAUCGUCAGCACUUUCCUCGAUAACCAAUUCGUUAAGGUUUCCGAGUUAUAUGUACAAUUCAAUGGCUAGUAUCUUUUCCACACUGAUUCCAACACCGGAAUUACACUUUCUAACACCCAAUUUCACACCAUUUACUCCUGAUUAUAUCAUUGGCGGUCAAAGAUAUAAAAAAAAUACGGCAUAUGAUGUACUGUUGGAUCUGUUAGAUCCUUUCAAUUCCUUGGUUACUCAAAGAUCUGACAUGGUUACACAUUUUAACGUAUUUAGUACAGUGAUAGGUGAAGUAGAUCAGAACCAUAUCUUGAGAGCUCUUCCGAAAAUGCAACAACGGCUAAAUAUGCCAUCUUGGUCAACAUCGGCUCUCAACGUAAACAUAGGAAGAAGAUCACCUUAUUUACCUCCGUUGGAGUCGCGAGAAAAUAGCGUAAGUGGUUUGAUGCUAUCUAACACGUCAGCAAUUACUUCAGUCUUUGAACGUUCUGCAUCAGCAUUUGACAAACUGUUUUACAAAGGUGCUUUCUUGAACCAGUUUGAGUCAGGACAGUUAUUUCAAAAUGGCCUUGAUGAGUUCGUAGAAUCCAGAGAGGUUAUUACCAGAAUGAUGGAAGAAUAUUCUAACGCUGAACAAGAUACAUACUUAGAUGAUAUUCUAAAUGAGGAUGAUAUCAUGAUAGGCGGUUUUGAUAAUGAAGGCGAUAGCUAG